AUGCAGUUGACACAGGAAAUGUCCGAGACCUUGCGGAGUACUUCCCGUGGUCUGCAAGCCCCUGUUCACGGCGAGGAUAACAACCGAUUGGCGACAAAAGAAGGUCCGAGUAGCAGUGGUAGUGUAUUGCCAACAUUAGACGAGCCUCUUCAGGUUGAUAGCGAUUUCAGCGACCUCAGCGACACAACCUCCUCAAUCGACGACCGCACGACCAUCGUCUCCUCGAUCAAAAACUACAAAUACGAAAACGGGCGCCGCUACCAUUCCUUCCGCGACGGCGAGUACCUGCUCCCAAAUGACGACCGCGAACAAGACCGGCUGGACCUGAGCCACCACAUCUUCAAACUGACCCUCAACGGCGACCUGUUCCGCGCCCCGAUCGACAACCCACAGAGCGUGCUCGACUUCGGCACGGGGACGGGCCUGUGGGCGAUUGAUCUGGCCGAACAGUUUCCCGGCGCAGAGGUGCUCGGCACCGACCUCAGCCCGAUCCAGCCAUCAUGGGUCCCCUCAAACUGCCGUUUCGAGGUCGACGAUGCCGAGAGUGAUUGGCUGUAUGGGCAUCAGAGUAUAGACUUUAUACAUUCGCGCGGCAUGUCUGGCUCGAUCCGCGACUGGGCUAAACUGUUUGGACAGACGAUGGAGUGUUUGCGGCCGGGGGGAUGGCUCGAGGUCCAGGAGUAUGAGACGGUGGCGCUCUCCGAUGACAAUUCGUUUGCGUUGGCUGCCAAUUUUAAUUUCUGGCAGGGGAAGCUCAACGAGGCGAGUCAGAUUUUUGGCAAAGGGUUUAUGGACUCUUCGUACCAUAAGCAGCGUAUGGAGGAGGCCGGCUUUGUCAAUGUGACAGACGACGUCUACAAGGUCCCCAUGGGGUCUUGGCCCAAAGACAAACGCAUGAAAGAAAUCGGCAGAUUCCAGCUGUACCAAAUGCUCGAAGCCGUCGAGCCCUUUUCGCUAGCUGUCUUUACGCGCGUCUUGAAAUGGACCCCAGAACAAACACGCGACCUGAUUGAAAAGGUCAAGGCCGAUCUGUGCAAUCCAAAGGUGCACAUGUACUCUCGAUUUCACUACAUAUACGGUCAGAAGCCGGACAACUGA